AACUGAAAAAUGACUUCUUGUUGGAAACUUUGACAACUUUCCUGUUAUAGUAUUUUAUGGGCGGGCUCUGUAUAAUCGGAGUUGCUCCAACGAACAGCCUUCAAAGCAGCAAAAAUCUCUCUCUCUCUCUCUCUCUAAACAUAUUCAUGGGGAAGCAAAGCUUGGAAUCUCCACUCUUGCAAAGUAAUGGAUUAGCCAACCAAGAGAAGAGCUGGAAAAGAGCUCUCUGGCUUAUCUUUGCCAUCACCACGAUCAUAAUUGCUGGGCUUGUACUUGAACCCGGCAUAAACAUUUGGAGGCAGAGGGGAGGAGACAAUAAUCACUUUAUUCAAGAAAAUCAUGCUGAUAUUGUGGAGUCAGAGCAGGCUGUUGUUGCAGCUGAUAAUGGCCGUUGUUCCGAGGUUGGAGCAUCAUUCCUUAGGCAGAAUGGCCAUGCUGUUGAUGCUGCAGUAGCGACGGCAUUGUGCCUCGGUGUCGUUAAUUCGAUGGCCAGUGGGAUCGGUGGUGGCGGUUUCAUGAUUGUACGGUCUGCAUCAACCUUGCAGACACAGGCUUAUGACCUAAGGGAAACUGCUCCUUUGGCUGCUUCAGAGAAUAUGUACCAGAACAAUCCCGGAGCCAAGGUUUCUGGUGCUCUAUCUAUGGGGGUUCCCGGUGAGAUAGCAGGCCUUUACGAAGCCUGGACGAGACAUGGUCGUUUAGCGUGGAAGGCUCUAUUCCAACCUGCUAUAAAACUUGCUAAAGAUGGAUAUGUAAUUGCUCCUUAUCUUGGAGGAUACCUAAGGAAGAAAGAAGAGUUAAUUAUGAAAGACCCUGGAUUAAGACAAGUGUUUGCGCCGAAUGGGAAGUUGUUAAAGACAGGCGAUACAUGCUACAAUGUGGAACUCGGCCGUAGUUUAGAGGAAAUUGCAGCGUUGGGGCCACAAGCCUUCUAUAAUGGUACUGUGGGUGAGAAACUAAUUAAGGAUGUGAGAGAGGCAGGUGGGAUUUUGACAAUGGAGGAUUUGAGGAACUACAAGGUCGAUGUUAUGGAUGCAAUGGCUGCUGAUGUGAUGGGCUACACUAUAUUGGGAAUGCCUCCUCCUUCAAGUGGAACUCUGGGGCUUUCUCUGGUCCUGAACAUUUUUGAGAGCUAUGGAAGUUCUGAUGCUGCGAAGGGAAAUCUCGGCGUGCAUCGGCUGAUUGAAGCAUUGAAACACAUGUUUGCCAUCCGAAUGAACUUGGGGGACCCCGAUUUCGUGAACAUAAGUAAAUAUGAAAAUGCGAUGCUUUCCCCUGAUUUCGCACACCAGAUUCGGGAAAGGAUAUUUGACAACACUACCUUCCCUCCAGAGUACUACAUGAACAGGUGGAGUCAGCUAAGAGAUCAUGGAACAAGCCAUUUCUGCAUUGUAGAUAAAGAUAGAAAUGCUGUAUCAAUGACUAGUACUGUAAAUUACCCUUUUGGAGGUGGUGUUCUCUCUCCAUCCACUGGAAUUGUGCUCAACAAUGAAAUGGAUGACUUCUCAACACCCACAGAAAUAACCCCAGACACUCUACCUCCUGCUCCUGCAAACUUUAUCAGACCCAACAAGAGACCUUUGUCUUCCAUGACCCCAAUCAUUGUCACAAAGGAUAAUCAGUUACUUGGGGUCCUUGGUGGUAGUGGUGGUAUCAAUAUAAUCCCAGCUGUUGUCCAGAUUUUCCUUAAUUAUUUUGUCCUGGGGAAGGACCCGUUAGAUGCAGUUCAGAGUCCAAGGGUCUAUCACAAGUUGAUACCGAACAUAGUCUCCUAUGAGAACUGGACUGUGAUCGAUGGCAACCACAUUGAGCUGUCAGAAGGAACCAAGCUUUUCUUGCAAGAGAGGGGUCAUCAACUAGAGGGCAAGGCAGGGGGUGCCAUCACUCAGCUUAUUGUCCAAAACUUUGAAAACCUAAUUCAUAUGGGGAGGAAAAGUGGAAAACAGGCAAAUAUACAACCAUUUUUGGGUACGCUCAUUGCUGUUAGUGACCCCAGAAAGGAUGGGAAGCCCGCAGCCUGCUGAUUGCUCAUUUUAUUCAUGGAUUGGAAAACCAGGAAGAAGAAUUGGUAUUGGAAAAUCACUGUAAUGACGUUCCACAUCAAGAGUUUAUUUAUUCUAAUGUACAUAAUAAUUCAUUAGAGGUUUAGUGGCAGUUGGGGAUAUGCAUUUACCAAGAAUAAGAUAUAAUAAGACAAAAGGUUUUAAA